CGUCCAGAAGAGAAAUCGAGGUGAUAGUCCUGUCAGAUGCGGUUGUAUUCGUUUUUUAACCUUAAACGUGUAGUGCGCAGCCGGGUAUGGUGAUACUUGAACAAGUUAACAACAAUUUCCUGUUAUUAAAUGCAUAAUGUGUGGUAUCCCAAUAAUCUAACUUAACAAUUAUGCUCUCUGACAGUAACAAAAGAUUUACAAGCCAGGAAAGAAAGGAAGAAAAAUGUAUAUGUAAGAUAGAAAUUGUAAUAAAUAUCAGUAAUGAAGAGCAGCCAAUCGUUGUAUAUUAGCCUCUUCAGUGAAGAGAAGAGCGACGUCUUAAAAGAGUUGCUCCAUGCGUGCGUUGACGAAAUUUGCGGCCGUCCAGGACCAUCCUAUCGUAAAUUCAUUAACAGUAUGGAUUGGAGCAGGGCGGAAUAUGAAGGAGUUUAUAAGUUGUUAUCAACAUUAUUGAAAAAUCCCGCAUCACUGUACAUGGUGGACGAGAAGAUGCCACAAGAAUAUCAUGAAUUACCAGAGCAAGUGCAACAAAAUGUUCUUACUUGCUUAAAAGUACGCAGGGAACAACUUACAAAUGCUUUAUUGAAGGAACAUUACAAAAGGAAAUUACCAACUGUUACUAAUUUUGAUUGGAGAUUAAAGCUGGUGAUGGGAUCAAGCAAGAUGGCUUCUUUGCGGGAAUCCCUUCUGCAAUUGGAUUUCAUAGUUGAGGACAUGGACUCUCGGCGAAUAAUUAAUUUAGAACUAAAUAAGGAUGAAUUAGAAACAAUGAUUAAUGUUUUAGAAGUAUUAGUGUAACAUUUUGUAUAUAUAUA